AUGGAGGCGGGCGAGCGGCGGCGGCUGCGGCGGGAGGCGGCUGAGUAUUACCGAGGGCAGCGGGUGCCGGAGCGGAUGGAGGACGUGCUGAACGCCCUGUUCCCGCUGCCCCCCGCGGAUCUCUACGGGGAGCUGGCUAACUACUUUUCUAAAUUUUCAAAAGCUCCAGUAAUAUGCAAAUUAGUUGGAAGAAAAGUUCUUGAUGGAGUUGGUCAGCCAACACUAGAAGUCGAAAUAUACUGUACAGUUAAAAACUAUGAGAAGAGGAUUUGUUCAACUGUAAUGGCUACUCAUUCUCAAAUACCUGAAAAUGCUUUACCUGAAACAAUUGAAGCUGAUGCAAAAGAAAGAAAUGACUCUGUUCAUACUGCUGUGCAAUGGGUCAAUGAAGCACUGAACACAAUGUUAAGGGACUUGGACCCUACUGACCAGUGUCAAGCAGAUAAGAUGCUUGGUUGGUUUAGACAGGAGGUUAUUAUUCUUCAGAGAAAGAAGGUGUCAGCAGAAGUGAAUCCCAUCCCACCUGCAGAACCUGCUGAACCAGUGCUGCGUGGCAGCUUGGCCAUUGGGGGAACAUCACUUGCCAUAGCAAAGGCUGGGGCCACCAUUAGCCGUGUCCCGUUGUACUUACAUACUGCACUGCUGAAACACAAUCAGGAGUCACCUAAAGAAAUGACUCUACCACUCCCAAUGGUAACUGUGUUGAACUGUGAGAAAAAAUUACCUACAAAACUGAAAUUAGUCAAAGAAGUUAUGCUUAUACCACCAGUUGAGUUAUCACUCCAGCAGGGAAUAGAAAGAGUUCUGGAUAUUCAGAAAGAAAUCACAAGACUGUUUGAGUCUCCAGCCAAAAGGCCACCACCCUUAAAAAGAAUAUCACAUUUAGGCUGCCUGACAAUAGGAUAUGAUAAUCUAGAACAACUACUACUCCAAUUGCAAACAGCUUGCAACAAUAUAGGUCUGGAGCUGGGAAUAGACAUGUACUUAGCAAUAAAUUUUGCUGCUCAUGAAUUAAUGGAUUAUGGUAAAGGAAAAUACGAAAUACUCACUGGAACAUUCAAAACUCCUGAUGAAAUGGUUGCCAUGUAUGUGGAAAUGAUUGAUAAUUUUCCUUUUAUUAUUGCAUUAAUAGAUCCCUUAAGAAAAGAGGACAGAGACCAGUGGAGUAGCAUCUGUUGUGCCCUUGGUUCCAAAUGCUACCUGAUUGCUGAAGAUGCUGCCACGCAAAUUUCCAAACUCACAACCGACCAAAACAUAAACAUAGCAAUGUGCAGUGGUGUUGUCCUAAAAUACACGAACCAAACCAAGGUGUCAGACCUCAUAGAACUCACUGGAGUUCUGCACGGUCAAAGACGUGUUACCAUAUUAGGAAGUCCAGAUAGAGAAUCUUCAGAUGAGAGCCUCGUGGAUCUGGCUGUGGGCCUGGGUGCCAGGUUCCUCAAGUUGGGAGGUCUCUCCCGCGGAGAAAGGGUGGCCAAAUACAACCGGCUGCUGGCUAUAGAGGAGGAACUGGCCGCGAAUGGAGCGCUGCGUACGAGCUUCUUUCUUACUUUGUUUUCAGCCUGCCAUGAAUACGGGCACAAAGAUUGGAGGGAGAAUGAUUGA